CACAGAAACUCAUAUUCCCGUCAUGCUCAGCGGGGUCUUCCUGUUGGAAGGUCGCCUGCAGCUCCGGGGCGGACGGGCAGCAGCGAGGCUGAUGCGGAGGAUGGAGGAGGAAUGGCAAACUGAGGGCUGUGAUGAGGGGUAUCAGGACGCCAUGAAAACACCAGGCAGGACCUCCAUUGCAUGACACAUCUGCUGGACCGCAUUCCCGUUUGCAGGACUUUAACACUGGGACGAUGUCUUCGAUUUUCUCUGCUUUGUUGCUAGAAAAAAACACACACACACACACAAGGUAAAAUAUAACCGUGAAACGGCAUCAGAUGAAGAUUGAUAUCACCAGCGGUAUCUGUUAUAAUUAAUCUAAAGUGGCAUGCAUCGAUUUUGAAACUGGGGAUGCAGAACUCUAGUAAUCAUUUAUAAACCGUUAUUUAUCAUCGGAACCGUCUUCAUCACCAGCCAGUACAUCUCUAUGUGUUUUAGUGAAAUACAUUAAACGUGUAAUCUAUGGGUUAGUAAAUAACUAACAGACACCAAAGAAACACACAUCAUUUCAGUAUACAAUUAAUAAUAAUAAUAAUAAUAAUAAUAAUAAUAAUGAUGAUGGAUCUUCAGCUUGUGCCGUGGCUGCUGCUUUCCUGGACGGUGGUGGAGUUGUUUGAACCCGAUAAUAAGGAUAAUGAUUAUAUUGGUUAUGGUAACGGGAGAGACGGGCAUGUCGGUAUCCGGGUGCCUCUUCGCAACGGUAUCCAGGAUGUGGAAUUCGGCGCUCCUCCGCCGCCGCGCGCCAGGGUCCCCAGGUCGGCUCGAGACGCGGACAGCUUUCUGCAAAACAUCAAUUUUGUGGAGAUGAUUGACAACUUGAGGGGGAAGUCGGGGCAGGGCUACUACGUGGAAAUGACAGUGGGGUCCCCCCCGCAAAAGCUCAAUAUCCUGGUGGACACGGGGAGCAGUAACUUCGCGGUGGGCGCUGCGCCGCACCCUUUCCUCAGGAGGUUCUACCGUCGGGAGCUCUCCAGCACGUACCGGGACCUGCGCAGGAGCGUCUAUGUCCCGUACACACAGGGGAAAUGGGAGGGGCAGCUCGGCACAGACCUCGUCUCCAUCCCUCACGGGCCCAGCGUCACGGUGCGAGCCAACAUCGCCGCCAUCACGCAGUCAGACAAGUUCUUCAUCAAUGGAUCCAACUGGGAGGGCAUUCUGGGGCUGGCGUACGCCGAGAUAGCCAGGCCUGAUGAGACUCUGGAGCCCUUCUUCGACUCCUUGGUAAAGCAGACCCGCGUCCCGAACCUCUUCUCUCUGCAGCUCUGUGGAGCCGGCCUCCUCCUCAACGAGUCCGAGACCACCGCGUCUGUGGGGGGCAGCAUGAUCAUUGGCGGCACUGACCCCUCCCUCCACAUCGGCAGCAUCUGGUACACACCAAUCAGGAAGGAGUGGUACUAUGAGGUCAUCAUCGUGAAGAUUGAGAUCAACGGACAGGACCUGAAGAUGGACUGCAAAGAGUAUAACUAUGACAAGAGCAUCGUCGACAGCGGCACCACAAACCUGCGUCUGCCCAGGAAGGUGUUCCAGUCUGCCGUCAAGGCCAUCAAAGCUGCUUCCUCUACAGAGAAGUUCCCAGAUGGUUUCUGGCUGGGGGAGCAGCUGGUCUGCUGGCAGGUUGGCACCACGCCCUGGCACAUCUUCCCAGUCAUAUCCCUGUAUCUGAUGGGCGAGUCGACCAACCAGUCCUUCAGAAUCACAAUCCUGCCUCAGCAAUACCUGCGGCCAGUGGAGGAUGUGGCCACCUCUCAGGAUGACUGUUACAAGUUUGCAAUCUCGCAGUCCAGCACGGGCACAGUGAUGGGCGCCGUCAUCAUGGAGGGGUUCUACGUGGUGUUUGACCGCGCCCACAAGAGGAUCGGCUUCGCUGUGAGCACCUGCCACGUGCACGACGAGUUCCGCACGGCGACGGUGGAGGGCCCCUUCCUGUUCGGGGACAUGGAGGAUUGUGGGUACAAUAUCCCGCAGACGGACGAGUCGACGCUGAUGACGAUCGCGUACGUGAUGGCGGCGGUGUGCGGCCUGUUCAUGCUGCCGCUGUGCCUCAUGGUGUUCCAGUGGCGCUGCUUCCGCUGCCUGCGCCGCCCAGGGGGAGACUUCGCAGACGACAUCUCACUGCUGAAAUAAAGAAAAACCACUGGAGACAAACCCGGACCCACCCUGGAGAAACCCGUACCCCCGAUUCAAACAGAACCACUGGAGACAAACCCGUACCCCCGAUUCAAACAGAACCACCCUGGAGAAACCCGGACCCCCGAUUCAAACAGAACCACCCUGGAGAAACCCGGACCCCUGAUUCAAACAGAACCACUGGAGACAAACCCGGACCCCCGAUUCAAACAGAACCACCCUGGAGAAACCCGGACCCCCGAUUCAAACAGAACCACUGGAGACAAACCCGGACCCCCGAUUCAAACAGAACCACCCUGGAGAAACCCGGACCCCCGAUUCAAACAGAACCACCCUGGAGAAACCCUGACCCCCGAUUCAAACAGAACCACCCUGGAGAAACCCGGACCCCCGAUUCAAACAGAACCACCCUGGAGAAACCCGGACCCCCGAUUCAAACAGAACCACCCUGGAGAAACCCGAACCCCUGAUUCAAACAGAACCACCCUGGAGAAACCUGGACCCCCGAUUCAAACAGAACCACUGGAGACAAACCCGGACCCCUGAU